AUGGGCAUCCAACAAUUAUUCAAGUUGAUUAACGACCUGUCCAAACGACUGAGCUCUGAUAUCGAUAAUACGGGGAUUACGUCGGACUUUCUUGAUGCCUGUCUCUACGAGUUUUUCAAACGAGUGUCACCCUCCUUUCCAAUCAUCCAUGAGCCAACCUUUUCCUCUCAAAAGUCUAUCCCCCCGCUUCUACUGAAUAUGGUGGCCUUGGGAUCGCUUUAUGUGUGCCAGCCUAAUUCUGUGCAGAAGGGAGAAUUACUGUGGAGAUUGGGACACACUGCAGUGGCAACGUCAUGGCAGACCCUUAUCACUAUGCGAGGUCCCCAUGAUAAAUGUGACGGGGUCCAGCUGGUCCUGACGGCUCUUCUCGGACAGAAGUAUGCGCUGCUUUCGUCCAAUACCGAUAUACGAACAACGGCAUUUGUUUUCCAUGGACUUGGAUUCUACUGGGCUAGAACUUGCGGGAUGUACUUGGUGCGCGAGUUUCCGCAAGCAUCAGUGCCCUCGGUCGAUUCCCCAGAGUCCGAAAAGGGACUCUUAUGGGAAAUCUGGGCUGCCUCGGAGAUGCAGCGCCGUGCAGUACUGGGCCAUUAUAUUCUUGAUGGUCUUAUUUCACAGGCUUCGGGGUCGCCUCCCAGUGCUCGACACUUGAUCAACAAAAUCGGAGCUGCGUGUUCGGAUGCAGCUUUUGCAGCCACAUCGGUCGAUGACUGGAUUCUGGAGAUGUCCCGAUCCAAUAAAAUACAUCACCCUAUGCCGGAGGUUUUUUCGUGUGUUUUUAACGCACAGUAUCCAUUAUCGCCACUGGAUAUUUCCAUAUUUACGAUCUCUGUGGUUAUUGAGGGCGUGCAGUCGCUGAUUUCGGAAGCCCAGGAAGUCGAGGAUUCCUCGUUUGGAGUAGUGACCCGACAGCAAAUUAUCCGAGCUUUGCUCAAUUUACACCAAGCAAACAUAUAUCCGUUGGUAUCUCCAGGCGCAAGCAAUAACUCCGAUCUACUUAUUCGAUGGCAUACCGUUUGCAUGGAAGUCGCAGUCCCAACCAUGCCCGUGUACAGAGCCAUAUGUGACAUCUUCGACGUACCGCAAAUGCUGGGAGGAAUACCAGCCACAACAUCCGCCUUGCGUUUUGACCUGGAGGGGUGGGUAAAGAGUGCAGACGCAAUAAGAGCCUUGCUCCAUGCAAGAUCGGUUGUCAAUCUCCUAAACGACCUUCCUUUGACGCAUUCACACGCUCCCCAUCUUCCCACGGCGAUAUUUUCCUCUGCUGUAGUUAUAUGUGGUGUCUGUUUAUUCGGUUCAAGCAUGAUUGAGCUUCCUCGCACACCCAGAUGGGAAGAUGUGUGGGAAUCCCCAUUGAGCACAGAACAAUUCCAUCACGAGGCUGGACAAUCGCCAGUUUUUCCUGCCAUAAAUCUUUUGAGCGACAUGAACUUCCUUCAAUUGGCUCUGAACACGAUUACUUCCAGAUGGGGCGUGUCUCUGCAGAUGGAAAAAAUCAUUAGCCAUUUAACAAUUCUUGCGCGGGAACAUCACACAACAGCCAUGUAA